AUGGUGAUAGAUAAGUGCCCAGCUUGGGAUGAGGAUAAAUGGUUAGAUUUGCAAAUAGGGGAUGCCCGUUUUAAGUGCUUCAGACCCUGCUACAGAGGUAUGUUGAUUACUGUCGACCCAAAGACUGGAGUCAAAGACGGCAACACGCAGCCCCUCAGAAAGUUGCAGGAGUUCCGCCUGGCUCCUGAAGGUAAAAUGCGUGAUUGUUUCAAAGAGUCACCUCUAUUCGGUGUUAACGCUGGUGUCGAUCAAACGGGAUACGUCCAUGUGGGGCAAGUUGUAUACGCUCGCUAUAAGAAAUCGGCCUUCUGA